AUGAUCGGUCCACCCGUCAGCACCCGCGAUCGCCUUCUACACCAGCACGUCCCGCUGAUCUCGCCUCCGGACGAGGACAUAGUCCAGCAGGUGCCACCGACGCGACCGAGGAUGCCUCCAGGUGGCCUUCUCUCGCUCCGGCAGACAGAAGUACGUGUUCGUCAGGAUGAGGCGGUGUUCUGCGCAGGUGCGGAGGAGCAGCAGGCCGUUGUCGUUGGAGCCGCGGAGACCGUGAGGACCCAACACUCCUCUCCAAGAAGUAUGGUCUCUGCCGACGCGGGCGUUGAAGUCGCCAAGGACAAUCAACUUGUCCGCCUUCGACACAGUCGCCAAGAGGGCGUGCAGGUCCUCGUAGAACUAGUCUCUUGCGGCGGCGUCGGGGCAGCUCAUCGGCGGAGCGUAGGCGCUGAUGAUUGUGGCGAAUUUGCCCCCACCCCGCAGAGGCAGACGGAGGCUCAUCAGGCGAUCGUUGAUUCCCUGCGGCAAACAGGGUAG